AUGUCGUCGCAACAACUGUCCGCUGAGGAGCUGGCAAAGAAGCAGGCAGAGAAAAUCGAGGAAAUCAUAAACUCGAUCCAUUACUCCGACAAGUACAGCGAUGAUAUAUACGAGUAUCGUCAUGUCAUCCUGCCAAAGCAGCUCUUCAAAAUGAAAAUAAUACCGGAGAACUAUUGGAAUGCAGAUCAGUCUGCUCUUCGGCUGUUGUCGGAGAAAGAGUGGAGGAAUAUUGGGAUUACGCAGAGCCUGGGUUGGGAGCACUAUGAGAUUCACGCGCCGGAGCCUCACAUCCUCCUUUUCCGUCGCCCCAAAGACUUUGUCGCGCCGACACAGCCAGCGCAGAGGCGUGCUAAGGACGCAGCGAGACGAAAGUAG